AUGUUUGCAAUAGGAUUAGGUUAAUUUGUUAUCGGGUGUGGAAUAUGUGCAUUUACUUGCGGAGUAGCUUUACCCAUUGGAAAAGCAUUGAUUACUGAAGGAAAAUUAAAAAAACUUAGCUUUAUAUCUGAAUCAACAGCUUCUGAAAUUCUUCAGUUAAUUAAUUUGUGCUCCAAAUAGUCAUAAGGAACUGUUGAAGGAUUUAAUCAUAGUCUAGUUUAAGCAUCAUUAAAGUUUAUAAAGUUAUAGAUGGCCAAAGCUAAAUCUGAAAAAAAUGUCUAUGAAAUUAAAAAAGAUUUGGUGGAGAUUUGUUAAAGAGAAGGAAAUAAAAAGUAUGAUUAGGUAAAAAACGAUAUUUAAUAAUAUAAUUAAUUUAAGUAAGCUCUUAAUAAUGAAUUACAAAAAUUUUCCAAUAUUAUUUGGAAUUAUUUUAAUCAAGAUUAAGAAGUCUAAAAAAAAAUUAUUUUUCUAGAUCUUUAUUAUGAAUUAUUCUUGCGAUCAACAAUAAGUCUAAAAAAUGGUUACAAAUAAUAUGGUAUAGUCUCAUCUUCAAAAAUAUUUUAGUAUUCACAAUAAAACUGUUCAAAAUGCUUGUAAUUAAUUGUAAAUUUCAAACCCUCACUCUAUGAAUUAGUUUUAUUAAAUAGUUAUGAGACUUAGCAUUACCCAAACAUUGAAUGAUUUAAGACCUUAAAUAUUAUAUACAGAACCAUUAGAAAUUGUAUUUUAAUAGGAAUAUUUGAAUAAGUUUCUCUCACUAUAAUAGUAGUCCAAAAUUAUGAAAAACGACUUAGAAAUUCAACAGAAGGAGCUUAAAUAUUAAUAAGAUUUGAUUACUCGCCGAAUCUAAAAGUCAAGUAGUGAAAUUAUGAGGAUUAAUUAGGUAUUAUAAUAAUGAAAUCAUUAGGCGAUCGACUAGUUUAAUUUUAAUUGGGAAUUAAUAGAACAAGUAUUGAAGGAUAUUAAAGAAAUAUAGAAUUUUUAAAAUUAGUAAUUUGUGAAGGAACUUAUUGGCAACAUGAAAAAUAAAGGGAUGAUCUAUGAUGAUGGGAUUUCAUUCUCUCCAAAAUUUUAACAAGAAUUUAAGAAUUUCUUAAUGAAAUAAAAUUUUAACAAGAGGAUGAAAGAUAUUACCCAAUAAGCUAUGGAAAGCAGCUUAAAUUUAAUUUCUAAAAUAAAUUAAACAUCAAAUAAAACACUGAAAAAUAAAUUGUUAGAAGCAAUAGAAGUUGAAAUGAUUGAUUAGGUAAAAAAAUAAAUUUUCGACUUAAGAAUGUAAAAUGCAGAUAAAAAGAUCAUAAGUAAAUUCAAUUGA